AUGGCGCUCUUGACAUGGAUCAAGGACGUGAUUGGCGUCGGCACCAUUCCAAGCCCACCAUGGUCUCCUGCGCAGCUCUACUCGGUCGUAUUGGCUAGCUUCAAAUCAUGGCCUUUCCUCGUCCCCGUUCUCUCGCUCAUCAAUGCUCCUCACGGUCGAUUUGCAUUCGAAAGCUUGCUCAACAUCAACGGCAACUUUGGCUGGUUCAUCAUGGAAAUCCCUUCGCCCAUCUUUGUGUUGCUUGGUGCACUCUCUAAGCCACUUUCGACUUCAGUAGUCAAGGGGACGACGGGCUUGCUGCCUCCGAUGUCUGCGCUAUUCUCGCCUUGGACUAAGCAGUUCUUGGCGCUUCCAUCCGCAAACCAGGUGUUGGUCAUCAUGUUCCUGAUUCAUUACACGCAUCGUGCUGUUCUGCAGCCACUCAGAUCACCCAAGCGCUCGCCUCUGCACAUCUCGGUUGCGCUCUCUGCGGUGGCAUUCAACUUGAUCAAUGGCUUUGUGAUGGGAAGCUGGCUCGGUGGUAGAACUCCUUGGUCGGCUCUUCCCCAGCCAGCUGUUGCAUCGGCUGCUUUGACUGCAGUAUCGCUCAAGGCGGGCAGCACAGCUUCCGAGUUGGCACGCAAGCUGCUAUCGACCGGUGCUGUGGAUGCAUUCGGAAUCGGUGCUCCCGGUCUCAUCUCGUCUUCAGUCUGGAAGAGUCCUCUCUGGUACCUUGGUCUUGCAGGCUGGGCUAUUGGUUUCGCAGGCAACGUCUACCACGAUGGAAUCCUCAUGGACAUUCGCCGACCCAAGUCGCAACAGCAAUCCAACAAGAACAACAAGGCAGACGACGAGGCCAACGUCGGCAAAGGCUCUGCAGCACGCAAGUACUCCAUCCCUCGAGGAGGCUUGUUCGAGUACAUCAGCUUCCCCAACUACCUUUGCGAGUGGUUCGAAUGGUUCUCUUUCGCUUUUGCUGCGCUUUACUCGCUUCCCAUCUUUGCUCAUUUGAGCACAAAGGAUGCGAUCGCAACUGCUCUCUCGACACCGCCCUUCUUGUUCCCUUUCGUGCUGGUUUGCCUGAUGGCACCGAGGGCGACAAAUGGACAUGCUUGGUACAAGAAGACUUUUGGUGAUAAGUUCCCUAAAAACAGGAAAGCUAUCAUUCCUUUCAUCUUCUAA